AAGUGAGAAAAAAAUUGUGAAAAAAAAAAGAAGAAGCAAUUAUUUGUAUUGAUGAGUCCGCCUCUUUAUUUUUGAAUAUAGAGAGAGCCGUUUCCGUAACCCAGACACACUCUCUCAAUUCAAAAAUAAAUCUCUUCUUCUUCAAAAUCUUCGAAAUCUCUGUUGCUGUGAACUUUUAGAUCUUUCUUCAAUAUCUUUCCGUUUGGAUCUGCAUUUUUACACACUUUCAAUUUUCGAUAAUAGCAUCAUUUCUCAAAGCUCAAUCUCGAAUUUUGGGUUGAAAUUUCAUAAGUGUAGAUUAGGGAUUAGAAUGAUUUGGAGGACAAACUGCGAAGAUAAUUGCAGUCUAGUUUGAAUUUAGGUUUACUAUGGGAAGUGAGAGGAAACUUCCUGCUUCAUCCGAUACUGUACACAAAAUUAGGCCGUUACAUGGUAGGACUACUGGCCCUACAAGGCGCUCCACUAAAGGACAAUGGACGGCUGAGGAGGAUGAAGUUUUGAGGAAGGCUGUUGAGCAUUUUCAAGGAAAGAAUUGGAAAAAAAUAGCCGAGUCUUUCCCGGAUAGAACAGAUGUACAAUGCCUGCAUAGGUGGCAAAAAGUCUUAAAUCCAGAACUUAUCAAAGGUCCUUGGUCUAAAGAGGAAGAUGAAGCAAUUAUUGAUUUGGUAAACAAAUAUGGGCCUAAAAAGUGGUCUACUAUAGCACAGCAUUUACCCGGACGUAUCGGUAAGCAAUGUCGAGAAAGGUGGCAUAAUCACCUUAAUCCUUCUAUAAACAAGGAAGCAUGGACACAGGAAGAAGAGUUGGCUCUAAUACAUGCUCAUAAUAUUUAUGGGAAUAGAUGGGCAGAAUUAUCGAAGUUUUUGCCUGGAAGGACAGACAAUGCUAUAAAGAACCACUGGAAUAGUUCUGUCAAAAAAAAAUUGGACUCUUACUUGGCAUCGGGCUUGCUUGCUCAGUUUCAAAAUGUACCUCUUGUUGGAAAUCUGCAUCAACCUAUUGCGUCAUCCUCUGCUAGGUUGCAGUAUAGUGUAGAUGAUAAUGGUCCUGCGAUGACUGAAGGUGAGGAAGUUUCACAGUGUAGCCAGGAAUCAGCUAAUGCUGGUCACUUUCCAUCUGGCAGCGAGUUGAGUAUUGUUGUUAUACAAAAUAGGGAGGAGUACAGAUCAAAUGAAGAAUCUAAUCAAGCAUCAUGUUCAGAGAUAUAUUACAUGUCUUUGGAUGAUAUUACUCGCCAAGAAUCAUUUGAGCAGAAAUAUUCAAACGAACCUGGAAGCUCCUCUGCAAACGUGGAUUGCCAAUUUAAUUUACAUGCUUUGCCCAAUAUUUCCUCGCAUGACAUUGGGCAGGAACCAUCACAGUUCCAAAAUGAUACUUUAGCUCGUAGUGAAAGUCAUAACAUGAUAAUUGUUCCAUAUGAAUAUCAGUCUUCAUCUAUGGACAAUGAUGCUAAAGGAGAACAAAAUAUGUCGAUAACUGAUGAUGAUUGUUGCAGAUUCCUAUUUUCAGAGGCAAUGAGUGAUGAAUGCUUUUCCUCUGGAGGAGUAAAUAACGUUGACUUGUCUGGACGCACUUCAUCUCUUUGUCAGUCAUCUUUACCAUCUGGUGAUAGGAUGAUGUAUACUGCUGAAGCCAAUCAGUUGGUAGGCUCUGAGGAUCAAAAGUAUGUCUCGAGAGAACAUGAUGGCUUGGUUUAUGCCAAUGAUAAUAAUAGGAUAGAAGAUGUUGUAAAAGAUGAUAACUUAAAAUUGGUCCCUGGAAAUAGUUCUGGCUGUGGGUCAGAUACUAUGCAAACUUGCUAUCCAACUGAUGAAAAGCCAAAUGUGCAUCUCCAACAGGAGGAAACGGGAGGAACUUUAUGUUAUGAACCACCUCGUUUUCCAAGCUUGGAUAUACCUUUCCUGAGCUGUGAUCUUGUACAAUCCGGGGAUAUGCAGCAAGAGUUUAGUCCAUUGGGUAUCCGCCAGUUUAUGAUGUCUUCUAUGAACUGUCUUACUCCUUUAAGAUUGUGGGACUCACCUUCUCGCAUUGAUAGUCCAAAUGCUUUGUUAUCAAGUGCCGCUAAAACUUUCACUAGUACACCAUCCAUAAUGAAGAAAAAGAAACGAAACAGAGACCUUUUAACUCCACUGUCAGAUAGAAGAAUGGAGAAAAAGCAUGAGAUUGACAUGACAUCAACUUUGAUCACAAACUUUUCCCGUUUGGAUGUCAUGUUUGAUGACAGUGAGACUCAAGGUAUUGAAGAUGAUAAAGAAAAUUGUGGACCAGCUUUUAAGGUGGGGGAGAAACGUAACUCUCAGGAGAAGAUUGAGCAGCCUCCUCUUGAUGCCGAUUCUAAGAUGAAGAAUGAUAUUGAUACUGCUGCUGAAAUUGUGCAACAGCCUUCUAGAGUUUUGGUUGAACGUGAUAUGAACGAUCCCUCGCUGUAUUCUCCCAAUCAAAUUGGUUUGAAAUCCGACAUAGUUCUAAGCUUAAGUGCGAGAAGUCAUAAAAAACCAGUCUCAAGACUUAAUUCUCCUUGUGUUCGAUUAAAGGAGCACGAAAGACUCUCAGUUUCUGUUACUUGUGUACAAUCCAUCUGUUCAUCAUCAGGCCCAGGAGAGAAUAUGGACGAUCAAACUGGAAACGAUGAUAGUUUUGAAACAAAUUGCAUUUUUGGCGGAACACCUUUUAGGAAAAGCUUUGAAUCACCUUCAGCAUGGAAAUCCCCCUUGUUCAUCAGCACUUUUAUGUCCAGCCCCAGGAUUGAUACUGAAAUUACAAUUGAGGACUAUGGAUGUUUCUUUAGCCCGGGCGAUAAAAGCUAUGAUGCACUCGGAUGGUUGAAACAGAUUGAAGAACACACUGCAGCUCAAUAUGCCAAUGCUCUAGAAGUCUUGGAAAAUGAACCUCCUAUGGCAUUAACAAAAGAUCCAUCUGGAAGCGACCAGGGAAAUAACGAUCCUCAUAAUCAACAUGCGAACCAUUAUCCGUCAACUUCAAAUGUUUUGGUCGAGCGACGCAUGCUUGACUUCAGCGAAUGUGAAACUUCAGACAAGGAUGACAAGGGAAAAUCCUCAGCUAUAAGCAUUUCAAGUCCUUCUUCGUAUUUGUUGAAGGGCUGUAGAUAGAUAGCUGCUUGUUAUGGCUAAUGCCUCAGCUGUAUUGCUGUUUAAGUAUAAUUUAUUUAUACAUAUAAAUUGCCUUUUAUUUCUUAGAUUACUAUUACUUUGUUGUUUAGCUUAUAAGUGACAAGACUUGAAUUUGUAACUGUAACAACAAAAAAAUUCUCUGGGUCUGUUGGGAAUGUAGAAAGGGUCUGUUUGGUAAUGUAGAAAAGAAAACUUAAAGAGGAAAGACAGCAAACGAGAUGCUCUCUCGUUUGGUGCCAGAUUGAAGUGAGAAAGGAAACAAAGAAAUGGUGAGUGGAAAAUAUCAUUUUGUUCUAAAGUAAGAACACAUGCACAUUAUUUUGUCUUCUAUUUAUAUAUAUGAUGAUAUGAUGUAAUUGAAUAUUUAUAUACAGGAGUGAUGAAUAUUUUUUUAAUUUGUA